AUAAUUUUUCUGUGUCUUCUAGAUCAUAUUCAGUCAAACAUUUGGACCUGUUGCCAUGACUUCUGGUGUAGGAGCAACAAUUAUGUCAAGGGAGAGCUCUAUGAACAACAUUGUCAAGUUGGCUGUGAAAAUGGGUACAAAGACUCCUCAACUUAUAAAGUUGAAUCAACUGCAUCCAUUGACAGAAAUAAUUCAGUCAUUGUGUAUGGAAUGGAAUGUGACUGAACCUGAAAAGUAUGCACUUCAGAAUAUCGAAGGUUGUCAUCGAUACAUCACAGAAGAUAAUAGGCAAGAUAUAAAAAAUGGAGCUGUCCUUGAAUUGGUCCCGAGUCCUCCUCGAAUUGUGGAGGAAAUUCUUGGGAAACUUCGUUUAUCAAGUACAAGAGAGGAGAAACUGGAAGCCCUGGAAAAAUUAGAGAAGCUGAGUGGUGAUGUUACAUUUGCUAAAGAAUUCAUACAAAAGGGAGGUCUGAGUCUUUUGAUUAGUGCUGUUGAGGAAGGAAAGUAUUCAGAAGACUGCCUUGCUCUUGUUUUGGUAUCUUUCUUGGAGUUGAUGGAACUGGGGAUAGAACCAUGGGAAAGUCUGGAAUCUGGUUUCAUUCGCAAAAUAGCAAAUUACAUAACAAAAAGCAGUGGUACCAUGGAUCGACGUACCAUUCAAUCCUGCCUGGGGAUCCUGGAAAAUCUUGUCCAGACCAGCCCUGAGAAAUAUUCCGUUGUUGAGAAAGAUGUACAAUUGAUCCACCUCAUACCACAUCUUCGUAAUCCCAGUGAAAUGGUGCAGCAGAAUGUGAUUGCAUUGAUUAAUGCACUCUUUGCUAAAGCUGAUGGCAUAAAAAAGAAGCAGAUUGCCUGUAUUACAGAGUCGGAAGUCAAGAAUUUGAUUGUGACUGAGGUGCUAUCAACCAAAAGCAUGAAAGCUGAAAUGGCUCAUCAACUAUAUGUCCUUCAGACAUUGUUACUUAAUCAAGAUGCAGAUCGGAUGAAUACAAGACUUGAUCCUCAGAACCCAAAUCCAGAUGCUACUGAGAAGAUCAAGAAGCUUCGGACCAUAGCCUUUGACCAAGAAGUUGAGUCUCGUCGAUAUGCAGAUGACCACAGAAAACUUGGAUUUGAAAAUGAAUUGAAUCCUUCUCUUGACUUUGAUGUAGCUCCUCCUGGUAUCCUUGCAUUGGACUGUAUGCACUAUUUUGCAACUUAUCACAAAGAAAAAUUUAUGGGUCUUGUGUUGGAGAAUUCCUGUCGCUCUGAUAAUCACAAGUGCCCAUUUGCUCGAACAUCUAUUCUUCUAACUAGAGCAUUGUGUGAAAUUCUUGGAAUAGGAGAGAGCCCAUUAGAACAAGGGAGCAACUUUCAGCCAAUGUUCUUCACUUGUGAGAAAGCUUUUGAGGAAACAUUUAGCAUCUGCAUUGUGCUUUUAAACAAGACAUGGAGGGAAAUGAGGGCAACAUUAGCAGAUAUUGCUCAGGUGUUAAGUGUCGUCAAGGAACAGAUUACCCGAACCAUUGGGGAGAAACCCCCUCCUGAAACAAUGGAAGAGUUUAAAGAGAGGCUCUAUCGCCUAAACUACAAGGAAAUCAAAGAACUCUGGAAGCAAGAACGAUUGAACCGGGAGGAGUCAGAAUCCCAGGCCCCUCCCAUUCUGGAGUUAAAAAGGAAACUCAUGCCUGAGAUUGAAGCUUUGAUUGCACAACAGAGGCUCAAUUACCUUGUGCAAGGGACAAGAUUCAAUAAGUUCUCCAAAGGAACAAGAGAGAAAGGGAAAUACUGGUAUUGUCGGCUGUCACCAAACCACAAAGUACUCUACUAUGGUGACUGUGAUGAACGCUCCAUACCUAGCAUAGAGGAACUAUCAAACAAACUUCCGAUAUCUGAAGUUGAGAAUCUAUCAGUGGGGAAAGAUACACCCCAUAUGAAGCUAGGAAAAGACUGGAAAGGCAAAAAGGCCCCAGCUGGUCUGGCAGGACUAGCAUUCUCCCUGCAUUAUACAUCUGAUAUGCCCAGGAGCUUGGAUUUCAUUGCAAUGGAUGAACAUGUCUUUGAUUAUUGGACUGAUGGCCUUAACACGCUCAUGGGCACACCCAUGAAAUCAAAAGAGUAUGAAAAGGAUUUGGAGACUCUUCUCUCAAUGGAGGUGAAGAUUCGACUCUUGGAUUUGGAGGGGAUUGACAUUCCAUAUGAACCUCCAGAAAUCCCCCAAAUAUCUCCCACUCUUCUUCAGGAAUUGGAAACACUGGCUUCCUAAUCUUCCUUGAGAAGCUUCCUCCCUCUGUGAGGGCUGACAACAGUCUUCAAUAUAAAUGUGAUAUUCCUAAAUCAGAUAAAUGCAUACUCAGAUGACACUUUGCUACAUUCUGAUAUCAAGUUUUAAUCAAAUUUAAAGAUACCAACAGUGGUCAGUACUUUUUAUUUUCUGUCCUUUACAUUUAUUGUAUGUUUAUUUAUUGUCUUGGCACUGUAUUUUCUGGCAUCAUGCUUCCAAGGACUCCUUGUCUGUGAUUGAACCACUAUGAUGAAAUUGAUGAAUGAUUUUGUGUUUACCUAUGAGGAAAUGCCACUAUAAAAAAAAAACCUCUGGCAACAUGAAAACUCGAGAAGCCUUAAAUAUUAGAUACUGAAUUGCUUUGACAUGCAAUGAUUGUUUUAUCUCAGAAAACUAAUUUUCAUUUAUAAUGUAAUUUCUACAUUUUCUUGGAGGCUUGUUCUUUUCCUAUCAAAUAUCUUUGUCUAGUUAGACUUAAUUCCAGUGAAACUAGGAGGAAAGAGUAUGGAUAUGAAUGACAUUCAUGCUGCUGCCACUUUAUUUGUUAAUUGUAGUGCCAUGGAAGAGGUAUGAGUAGAAGUGGAAGUACAUUUAUUUCUGCAUUCUUCAUUCUCUGCUUCUCAGAUGCAGACUCCAGGAGUGUCGUUGCAUUAUAUAUGUACAGAGAUGUCACUUGGGAUCUAGAGGUUAUUGAAGCUGGCAAAGUAGUCAUGACUGAAGGUCUGAGUCUCCCUUGGGAGGCCUGUCAACCCAGAGUGAAGUAAGUGGAUUGGAUAGACUCGAUAAGAUGAGAUGAUGCGAAACUUGAAUUCCCCUUGAGAAUAGAUUGUAGCCAAAGAACACUAUUUCUAUCACUUCUUCCAUAUUUUAUAUUUUUUCAUACUCUGGAGUUCCAGAAAAGUCAAGGUCCUGCCUGAGAUUAUUUUAUUUCUCAUGGUAAGAAUAAAAUCAUAUUAUAUUGUGAUGGAGAGUGACUGGAAUUAUUAGGAGAUAUCAGGGAUUCUCAGGAGCGACUCCUGUCAGAUGCAGCUGAAUUAC